ACUAUAUGCAGUUGAAAUGCCUCCCAAACCAAGCGGGAAAGCAGUAAAGAAGGCCGGGAAGGCCCAGAAAAGACCAAGUGGAGAUAAGAAGAGGAGGAAGAAGAGAAAGGAAAGCUACAGCAUCUACAUCUACAAGGUUCUGAAGCAGGUUCACCCCGACACGGGAAUUUCCAGCAAGGCGAUGGGGAUCAUGAACAGCUUUGUUAACGACAUCUUCGAACGCAUCGCAAGCGAGUCUUCUCGUUUAGUGCACUACAACAAACGAUCAACCAUUUCGAGCAGGGAGAUCCAGACCGCUGUCCGUCUCAUCCUUCCGGGAGAGUUGGCCAAGCACGCCGUCUCUGAGGGAACCAAAGCUGUGACGAAAUAUACCAGCUCCAAGUAAAGACAACGUUCACUAAAGAUCACCGUUAUCAAAACCAUAUUGUUCUACCAACAUUAAGCCAACUUGCCAUUUUUAAUGCCUCUACUUCCACUUUUCCACUACCAAUUCGGCCCUUUACAGGGCC